AUGGCAGCCCGAGCUAGACUCAACGUCCAGACCUUUCCCCGGCCGCCCCUCCUCGAGAAGAUAUCGCGGCACAUUCAAAUCAAAUGGAAAGGGACUGUGAUAGCAGACACCAAAGACGCCUACUGGGUGCUUGAGACGCACCACCCGCCUAACUCAUAUCUGACAGCCUACUACAUCCCACCCGACGCGAUGAAGGUCAGCCUCGCCAAGACCCGGCGGAGCACCUACUGCGAGUGGAAGGGCGCGGCAACCUACUACACCAUCGCAGCCCCCGGCACGGGCGAGACCGUCUCGAACCGCAUCUGGUCCUACGACAGCCCGACGCGGGGUUUCGAGCCGAUUCGGUGCUACCUCUCGCUCUACGCGGGGCCCUGGGACUGUUUCGUCGAUGGGGAGCUCGUCGAGGCGCAGCCGGGUGACUUUUACGGUGGGUGGGUGACCUCGGAGAUCGAGGGCAUCGUCAAGGGGCGGAACGGCAAUUUCGACCCCGUCGUGUAG